CUGGGACACUCUAACUCUGGCACCGAACCGGAUUUUACUUUUUAAAUUUUCUUUUUUUUUGGCGGAAUUGGCAAACUGUUUUCCUUUCAAAUUUUAUUUUCGAUUUUCUCCAUUUACGAUUUUUUUAUUUUUAUUUUGAUUUACUUUGUUUUUGGGGAAGCUAGAUUUUUUAUUUAGGAAGUUUAUAUACUCACUUAAAAUAAAAAAAAAAUUAGAAAAUCAACAUGGAUUUAGCCAUUGCUCUUUUGAAUAAUAUUCGGAUCAUUUUUUUGAGCCGCUGGCGGCAAUGAUUACUGACUUACGAAAUGAAGGAGAUGGAGGCGAUGAUGCUGGUGGAGGCGGGAAUGCUGGUGGAGGUUUUGUAGCUGCUGCAGCUGGUAUUGUUGGUGGAGGGGAGGAUGCAGUUAGCCCGGCUUCCUCCGGAGCUGCUUCUGUUGACAUUUUAAAUUGAGGUUAAAGUAAAUGAAUAAAAAAAGGUUAAAUAAUUUUGAUAUUUAUUAAAUUGAAUAAAAUUGAUUUUCUUUUGUUUGGUAAUUGUAUGGUUCGAAUCUCUCACUUGAGAGUUGGAGUUGUUCCCUCUUUGGGGACGAAAUUUUUUGCUGUGAUGUUCGAUAGUUGUUUUUGCAUUUUCCGCAAAGUGUUUUUUUAAUCGCGUCUUCGUCAAAUAUUGUUCAACCACAUUGAUUUCGAUCGUUUUCUUUUUCGGACUAUCUCGACUAGCUCUUGAGCUAUCAUUUGCGAACUCGACUAUUGCUAAAAUAUUGACCAAUUUUAACCCCUCAACAAUUUUUGAACCCUUGUAACCCAGCUUAGAGGUGUUCUCACACUUUUUCCGAUGUCUU